UUUCCUGUAUAUAUUUUUAGUAUUAGCAUGUCAUUAGAUGCAUCUGAACUUUCGGAUAACAUAAGCAUCAACAGUGAUGACACAGACAUUUUACUUUUGAAAAAUCAUAAUGUUGACUUUGGUGACUAUGAAGGUGAUAAAAUUCUUAAUGUUUCACAGAACGAUUAUGUCAAUGCUGAAAAUUCUGUUAAGAACUGGAAAUUAGAAUACUCAGUGUCACCUAAUCAAACAGGAACUUCUAAAUUCCCUGAUGGCGAAUAUGAUGAUCUACUUGAUCCUGGGAUAUCUUUUACAUCCAAUUCAUACGGAUUAAGAAACCGUAAUUCUCAGUAUGCAACUGGUAAAACUGUUAGCUUUGAUGAAAAGCCAAGUUUAGUUGAAGAAGAUAGAAGCGUUAGUCACAACAGUUCAUCUUCUUUACAUAGUCAUCAUGAUAUCACUUUGUCUGAAGAAAUCGAUGCAAAAGUUAGGGAAGGACAAGAAAUCCUAAGAAGAUUACUUUCUGGAUCUGAUCAUGUGCAAACCAAUUCCUUUUCAUUCAAAUCACCGAUUGAAAAGUUGAAUACUUCCACAGCUUCAUCCAUUACUAACACUACAUCACCUGAGAUGGUUUUUCAACGAAAAGCAAAUACUUCCAACAUGUACAGUGAAUUUGAAAAUCACCUUCUAACCCAUACAAAAGAAAAUUUACCAAUAUUAGAAAAUGAUGUUAAAUGUGAUACACAACAGUCAAUAGAUUUGUUGCAAAAAGAGCUUGAAAGCAUAAAAAUCUUAAAAGCUCAUGAGAUGCAACUGCUAAAAGAGCAACAUAAUGAAGAGCUUACAUCACUACAAGAAUGUAUUGCCAUCCUAGAAGAACAAAAAUUCAGUUUGACUGAUCAUGUCUCACAGUUAAAAAAAUCAUUAUCAGAAAAAAACACUAGGUGCGUAGAGUUGCAAGAUAAGCUACACGAAAAAACCAAACAGAUACAUAAGUUAACCUCAAAAGACAGUAAAGAACGACAGAGUUUGCAGAAUCAAGUUCAGAAAUUGCAGAAUAGAGAAAACAUUUUGGAACAACAAGUAAACGAUGUUGAAAAGGCAUUUAACAACCAGUUUAAGCAGAUCAAGGAGCUUGAUGAAAGGUUUAAAAAGGAGAAACAAACAAGAAUGGAACUUCUACAGGAGAAGGAAGAAGAGAUUAUUUCUCUGCAUGAGCACAUCAAAAAGCAAAAUCAAGCAGUUAAGAUGUCUGAUGAGAAAAAGCAAAUGCAACACGAACAACAGCUUAAAGAUUAUAUUCAACAAGAGCAUACAAGAUUUCAAAGUGAAUUAGAUCAGCUAAAGGAAAGUCUCACAAGAGAACAAAGUCAAAAAGUAAAAAUAAAAAAACAGCAUUCUCUGGAAUGUGAUCGUUUUAAAAUCAAUUUAGAAGCUUUGAAGUCAACAAAUCUCAAGCUAAAACAGGAUUUAGAGGACAGCCAAAAGGAAGUUCAAAACUUACGACUAGAAUUUUCUUCUGUCUCCCAAGAAACUUACAUGAAGAACAUAGAAGAAGAUAAAGCAUACAUCGCAGUAAAAGAAAAAUUGCAGCAGACUGAGAAAUUUCUGAAAACUAUAGCCCUCGAUCUUAUUGAAGAAAAUACAAAAUUGGCUGUGAUUGUUGGAAGUUCUAUUAAAAGUUCAUCUCCUGCGAAUGAUGGCAAGAGUGGAAAUAUUGUAACAGAUGCAGUUAACCUGCUGAAAGAUAAUGUGGAAAAUAUACGUCAUUAUGUUCUAUCAUUGCAACAUGCAAAUGAAAGUUUGCAAAACCAUGAGCAGACUAUUGAUGAAAAUGCUGAUUCAGUGGACAGCUCACCGACAUCAGCACGCUUGUUGCGUCACUUGCAAAGUCGUGUGCAGCAACUACGUAAAGAAAAUGCUUCUUUAAAACAAAGCUCGUAUUAUGAUCAGGAAACAUCACUGGAUAGUUUACCAGAAGUCGUAAAGUUGGAAAAUAGAGUCCAGGAAUUAGAGGUUUCUCUACAGCGUUACGAAUUAGACUCUCAACGAAACACACAUUUGUUGCAUCAACGAACAAUGGAAUUGACCAAGUUACAAAAGGUGUUGACACAAGCAACUAAGGAAAACAUGAAGUUGGAACGAAAGCAUGCCCAGCUUCAUAAGAGUAUGGAAGAAAACACAGUAAGUGAAAAAAAGUCACCACAAGAAUAUGUUCCUGAUAAAGAAGAACAGUCACAACAACGAGCUGCAGCCGUUAGAACUAACAGCAUAAACUCACCCUCCAAACUUGUAUCUAGGAUAAAACCACUUCAUAGAAAAGCAUUGGGACCAGAUUAUCUGGGGACAAAUUUAAAAAAGUUUAUUGUUCCUCAAGAAUUUGUUUCGUGGGAUGUCAAAUUUAUGGUAUACACACCUGUCACAUACACGUCGAGUAAAGUGCUAAACAAACCUGCUUGGGCGGAUCCUGAUAUUACCGAUACAAAAGAAGCAUUGCAAUUCAACUCACUAGAUGGGAAAGUAGAUAGGCGAAGUCAUAGAGGGGAUUACAAAAUCAUCAAUGGUGUCCCUAGAAAUCCGAUCGGAAGAACUGGGAUGAUUGGAAGAGGAUUGUUAGGUAGAUGGGGGCCGAAUCACGCCGCUGACCCCAUCGUCACGCGUUGGCUCCGUAAUGAAAAUGGUAGUGUUGUUACGAAACAUGGAAAAAAGAUUCUCGAGUUUAUAGCUAUUCAAAGAAGAGAUUCUGACGAAUGGGCUAUUCCUGGAGGCAUGGUUGAUCCAGGUGAGAAUGUUUCAGCAACUUUAAAAAGAGAAUUCAGUGAAGAAGCGUUGAAUUUAUUAGAUGCGAACCCGAAAGUGAUAGCAGAUCUCAAAACAAACAUAGACAACUUAUUUCAGAAAGGUGUUACGAUUUAUAAAGGUUAUGUGGAUGAUCCUAGGAAUACCGAUAAUUCAUGGAUGGAAACGAUUGUUGUUAAUUAUCACGACGAAAAUGGCAACAGUGUUGCCAAGUUACCGUUAAAUCACGGUGACGACGCGAAGGGCGUGAAAUGGAUUGCGAUAGAUAAAAAGUUACUUUUGUACGCAAGUCACGCGGAUUUCAUCAAAGCAACGUGCCAGCAACAACAAGCGUAUUACGAAGACUGAUGUUUUGUAAAUUUUCAAGAUUAAAUUUUUUUUGAACUUUUAUUACGUUUUGUACAUUUUGAAUCCUUAAUAUAUAUAAUAUAUAUAUACAAACAGAAAGCA